GCUGUUGACAAGAGCCGUUUCGUUCAUAUAAACCCAGCCGGUCUCAUUUUUGUGUUUAGACACUGUUUUUAUUAGCCUUUUCUGCCUCAUGGUAGAUUGUUUUAGUUGACUUUCGGCAUUUUGUACUUAAAUGGGAUGAGAAAACACAAGAGGAAGAAACAAAUCGGAGCAGUUGGGGGCAAUGAGAAUGGAUUUGUUACAAGAGAAUCAGAUGGUGGAAGAAAACAUAAGCUGACCGUCAUUCAUCAGGCUUUGAUAAGAGAUCCAGUGGACAUUGAGGCGCUGAGGAGAGCUGCAGCCGGUAACGGAGGCUUACUCACCGAUGAGCUAAGGAGAAAAGUGUGGCCUAAAUUACUGAACAUAAACGUGUACAAGCUACCACCCAAACCUGGUCGAGAAGUGAGGGAGAACCACAAGGACUACAAUCAAGUUGUCCUGGAUGUCAGAAGGUCCAUGAAGCGAUUUCCUAAAGGUAUGCCAGCCUCAGAGCGAGCCGUUCUGCAGGAGCAGCUGAUCGACAUCAUCCUGGAGGUGCUGAAGCGAAACCCGCAGCUCCACUACUACCAGGGCUACCAUGACGUGGCUGUGACUCUGCUGCUGGUGGUUGGGGAGCGCAUGUCCAUUGCCAUGCUGGACACUUUGUCCAAUUUUCAUCUCAGGGAUUUCAUGGAUCCGACCAUGGACAGCACCAAACACAUUUUGAACUAUCUUAUGCCCAUAUUGGAACAAGUUGAUGCAGAGCUACACGACUUUAUGAUCAGAGCGGAGGUCGGAACCAUCUUUGCUCUCUCCUGGCUCAUCACGUGGUACGGCCACGUCCUGUCAGAGUUCAGACACACGCUGAGGCUGUACGACUUCUUCCUGGCCUCCCAUCCUCUGAUGCCCAUCUACCUUGCUGCUACGAUUGUGUUGCACAGAGAGAAGGAGGUGAAGCAAACCGAGUGCGACAUGGCUAUGGUGCACCACCUGCUCUCCCACAUCCCCCAGGACCUCCCGUAUGAACUCCUGAUCUGCCAGGCGCAGGACCUGUUCGAACAGUUCCCUCCAUCGCUGCUGGCCAAGCGGGCUGCACUGCAGUCUCGCAAGAGCUUGUCCAUAAGCAGCUUCCAGGCAUUUCAUCUCUCCACCCUCCACCAGAGGCCAGACUCUGUUCUCCAGCGCCUCACCAGGGCCCAGGGCUACACCACCUCCAGACAUGGCCUGGAGGCUUCCCCGCCUGCAGCCCGAGGCCAGCUGUGGAGGGAGGGGAACAGGAUGAUGAAGAUGGCAGUGUGGGGGCUGUCCGCUACGCUAGGGGCCGCCGUGUUCGCCGUGGCUCAGACCGCCAUGGACUGGGGACCCGACUUGAUACUUCAGCUGUUCUGAUGAGGCCGAUGGGAACAAGACAGGAACCCUUAAUCAAACCCAAAAGCUUCUCUAAUACCUCGAAAAGACUGACGUUGACGACUUGGAGAUCAAAUCUGCUACAGAAGGAGGUAUUUUGGUGCCAAAAAGGUUAUUUUCACUUUUCUGUGAAGAAUCCCAAACAUUUUGGUCAAUUUACAUCCAUUUUGUCAGAGAUAAGACAUGAAACAAGAGUAUAGACUGAAGGAAAUGGCAUUAAGUAAGAAAAAGUGGGCAUAAAAACAUGCAAACUAAUCACAUAGUUCUGCAAAAGGGUUUGAAAAUGCAUGUAAGACACUGACAUCCUGCUGAUAAAGGCUCCUUCUGUAUGCCUCGCUUUUAUCUUUUGCUUUGAAGCGGAUUAUUUCAUUGAUGAACUCAGCGUGUCACAUCUGUUUCAGUGAAGACUCUCGUUUCGCUUGCUGGAUCCUCAGCUUUAUAUAUCAAAAAGCCAAAAGUGCCCAAAGCCAGCACCACGACACACAAACACAAAUUAUUAAAGAGCGGUGUUUUCUGCUGAAAGCCUCUAGUUAUGAGUGAAGGAGGAGGGUUAGUGCUGGAAUUUUUUUCUUCUUUUUUUUUCUGCCUGUAAGCCUUGUAAUAAUUGCUCUUCUGCAGGUGUCAGCGAGUAACAUUUACACUGGAGCUCAACACACCAAAACAAGCUGUUACACCCCCCUCCUCCUACCCUCAAAAACAUGAUCAUUAGACGCGGUUGGCACAGAUUUCAGGCACUUGUGCUUUUUCACGUGCAUUGUAAUGGUUUUUUUUUUUUAGAUUUUAGGAAAUUAAUUGUCAAUAUUUUGGUGCUGUUUUUCCCCUCCCACAGACCAACUGCUGCAGAAUGAGUAAGGGGAAGACACCACUAGUUUUUUGUGUUCUUAAAAUAUUUAGCAGGUUUGGGCCUAACUCCAGCCUGAACGGCCGGCAACAGUGCAUGAAUUCCCCCAACGUGCUUUAUUUUAUAGAUUUUAAAGAUUUUUACGCAAGAAAAAAAAAAUUUCCUAGAUUGCAUCAUUACUGCUUUAUAUUUAUUAUUAUCAAACACAGAAAGUGAAAUUUCCACUUGAGCUCCGACCAGCUGUCAGGGGCUUUGUGGUGUUUUCCAGCACUUGCUUUUUCUGUAACUUUUCUUCUGAAAUAUUUAUCGGUUUGUACUUGUAGCUAAGUUGCUGCUGCUGCUGUAAAUGUAACACUCACCCCUCUCCACAUACUCUCUCAUCUAUAAAUGUGUCACAUGUUCGCAUGGCUCAUUGGGCGGUCCGCCCUGUUGAGUUCUGUUGCUUUGCAGCUUAUUAAAUCGCCCAUGCACCGUCCGAAUUAAAGAAGAACACCAACAGCCGGUUUCCACCCUCAGAAAUUCAACCUGGAGACUCAAAAUCCCAGCUUUUAUCGCUGGAAAUAGUCGGUAAAUCAAUAAAGUGUUAUUGCAACAUCUCUGCUGAGCCAAAAGCUAGUUAGGACUCUUGUUUAUCAGAUGGUAAUUGAACUUUGUGUCCGAGAGAACAGAGAAAAUGUCAGCUUUAUUAAUUAACAGGCCAGUUUGUUCUUUUCUUCUGAGGCAACUUUUCUUUUCACUUUUUAGUUCACUCAGUCCGUCAUUGUUGGCUGGAAGGAAUCUAUAUUUUUUUAUAUAUUUUAUUGAAAAUAUUCCAAUAAAUUACCUCUUUUGGAUGUAUAUUUGGUCAUGUUGAAUUAAAUAAGUUUUGCACGUAUACAUUUUAUUUUUGGGAUGUCUCUGUGAUAUCAAGUCAAGUACUGACUUGUGAAGGCUUUUAGUACUCACGAUUUUUCGGGUUUGAAGAUGUUACUUAAAAUAAAUAUGUUUUGUGUGAAA